CAGAAACUUCAGGUGCAAAACCAAAAGAUUUCACAGCUGUCGCUCAUUGUUAAACCACACCAGUUGUUUUACUGCAGUAAAAACAAAUGUCACGUCAGAUUCACUUUGCAAUAGUUUGAAAGUAUUUCCGAUGCGGCCAUGAUGCGCGCGACACUCAUCGCUGUGUUUCUGGUGUUCGCCUGUGUCCUGCAGCAACUCGUGCAGGUGAACAGCCUGAGAAACAGAGACAGAAAAGCACAGGCAGACGGGAAGAGGAGAGGACGAGCUCAACGCACUGACGGCUCUCCGAAAGGCAGAUUCUCGCUGAAGGACGGAGCGCGCUGCUCGUGGUCUUCGGCGCGCGACGGCGACGCGUUUGUUUUGGGAAUCACCUGCAAAACUAGAGAGGAGACUUUCGGCUGUGAAUAUGUCGCGAAGCCCACCGCUUGUCAACAGUACGCAUCCAAUAACAAAUUAUACUGGAAACAGAUCGGCCACUCGCUGACAAAGCAGAAGAGAUUGUGUCGCGACUCUAGAGCGCUGGUCAGAGCCGGUGUGUGCAGAAGCGCGCCCGCGGAAGCGCACUUCAAACUGAGGGAGGCGCGCGCGAUCUCCAGAGUCCCGUUAACGGGGAAUAAUCUCUGUCCUGACCGGAUCGAGAGGCUGAGAGUGGCCGAGGAAUACUGUAGCAGCUCGUGGUCUUCACUCUGUACUUUUCUCUUCUUGAUGCUGGAAAAUGAUGAAUGCUCAUGACUGACUUUUUAAAAACAAACCUUUUUUAUAUUCCCUUGAUGAGUCGAUUUGUAUGUAUUUAUGAUUUUGUCAUGAAUCAAUUC